GAAACUAUUUUUGGGUGACGCUUUGAUGUCGAGUCAGCAGCCUUCGACGCAAAAGCCCCACUCCAGCUCCCUGGGAGCUGCGGCGAAGGCUGCUCCGCAUCUGAGAAAUCAAAUGCAGGCAUGAAGCUGGCAAGCAAGGGUUCCUCGGUGACGACAUGGCGACGGGUCCCUGCGAGAUCCUGGAGCGGAGCGAGGAGUCUCCAGAUUCUCUGAAAGAGCCUCCGGUCCAGAAGCCAUUGAAGGAGGAGAUAAAAGAAGAUGCCGCAAUACCGCUAAGCAAAGAAGAAAUAAACAGCACCCCAAACGGUAUAGAGAGGAAGGAUGUAGACAGGCUUCACGUGGUGGAGCAAGAUCUCGAUGAGUUCGUGGACAGCAUCGGAGAAGCAGCUUCCUCCACGCUUCCCGAGCCGUCGCUGGAAGUGGAGGAGCCCCCGGCUCCCGGAAAGGUUCCCGCAAAACAGCCCCGAGCCGAGCAAGUGGCAGAAAAAGUCCUGCGGGCUGAAAGGGUGGUCGAGAGGGCGCCCCGAGCAGAAAAAACCUCAGGGAUGGAGAAGGUGGCUGAGAAGGCGCACCGAGCGGAAAAGGCGCCCCGAGUUGAGAAGGUGGCACGGGCAGAGAAGCCGGCAGAGAAAGCGCGGCCUGCAGCUCCAGCAGCCACAAAGACCAUCCCAGCUAAGAGGAAAGCAGCACCAACAAAGGACACACUCCCUUGGGAGGGCCUGACCCUGAACAAAUGCCUCGUCGUCGCCUCCUGCCUCGCACUCCUCAGCAUCAGCUGCCAGGUGGUUCAAGACAUUGUCGACUACGGUGGGGAAAUCCUCGAGGCCGAGCUGAGCGCUUGGACAUCUCAAGAAGGCAGCGUUGGGGAAGCGGAAGAACUCUGGUUUUACGAGAGGUGGCUGAACUGGUCGGACAUGGACGAACCACCUGACAUCGAGGAGGAGGAGGAGGAGGAAGAGGAAACCAUAGAAGUCGAAGAGGAGGAGCCCACAGAAGAGGAAGAGGAGGAGCCAGAGGAAGAGGAGGAGCCAGAGGAAGAGGAGGAGCUAGAUGAGAGAGGGGGAGGAGCUGAAGUAAAACAGAGGAAAAGGCCGGAGAAAGCGACCUGGAGAGAGAGGGUCUCUAAGGAGAAGUCCCAGAAAGGUCGCAAGGACCCAGAGGAAGAGGAAGAGGAAGAGGAAGAUGAGGAGCCUGUUCGCAGCAAGCGGCCUCCGCGGGAGGGGAAGGGGAAAGAGCAGCGGCCUCAGCGCGAGGAGAGGAGGAGCCGACAACCCAAACCCGAAGCCAAGGCCCACAAGCAGGACGAAGGGAAGGGGCGCCCCAAGGAGGGGCGCGACCGCGGGAAAGAGCGCUCCCUCGCCAAGCCCGAGCGGGACCACACGGCCCACCCCCACGAGCAGAGAGGCCGGAAGCCCUGGCAGGUGCAGCGCCCGCUCUUCCCUCUGCACAAGCCCGCAAGGCGGCACGACUGAGACCCCUCCGCCGUGGGAAGCAGUGCUCCAAAACGCCUCCUGCACCCCCUCCCGGCACCCUCGAACAGGCGACUCUGAAGCAGUGCGAGACUCGCUUGCGUCUCACACUUGGUCCCACUUCCCAGACACGUAAUACCGAGGCCCUCCCACCUGCAGAGGUAUCGUGGGCCACGGCCAAGGACUUGCCUGCCCAGGAGAUCCCUCUGCACUCUGACCUCAAGAAAGCCUCUCCCACCCCCCACCCCACCCCAUUCUCUUCUCUCUGUUUUUGGGUGUUCACGCCUUUGCCUUCCCCCCGCCAAAUAACAGGGCAGGGGGGAGGCACCCCGCAACGGCAAGGAGAAGUUGCAGUGUUUGCUAAACCGGCUUGGGACGGACGAUGAGGCCUUAAGUGCUAGACUCUGCUGCUUUGGUAGAUGGAAGACCCCACCGCUCAAAACCUUGAGAUCUCACCCCAUAAGCAGUGGGGUUGGUUCACACAUCCACACCCCAUACAUUUAGUGCCUGAAAACAAGACAGACUGAACCAUCCAUUCCUCCUCUGUCACAAAGCAGUUUUUCAGAGGUGGUGCAAAUCCUGAUUCCUCUCCGUUCAUCGUGUUUGCAGUCUUAAAUUCAGCUCCCAACCUUUUUAUUCUUCAGCCAAUGUUCUCAGUUUUUCCCUUUAAAAGAACUAUUCUCUUUGGCUUAAAUCUGUUUAUAAUACAGCCGUUAAAUAAAAGUUUCAGACUUA